AUGACAUCGAUAAGGAUUUUUAUACUGCUUUUUGCCGUUUGUUUUAUCUCUUUAAAUGCAUGCGGUGCUGGGCCGGAAAAACCAAAGCGUGGAUAUUGCAAGUUCUACGUGGACGGAUCCAGUGAUACAAAAGCAAGCGGAAGAAAAAAGAGACAAUCCGGAACAGCCACGGGGUCCGUUGAUCCUGCAACAGGCACGGCUUCUGGGUCUGUGUCAACAAUGUCAACAAUGUCAACAAUGACAACCACAACUUCACCAAUGGGUGACGGAUCCGCAAGUGGAUCAGGUGGAUCAGGUGGUCAUCAAAAUCCAGUGAAUCAAGUGAAUCACGUCGUCGAUCCGGUGGAUCAGGCGGAUCCGGAGGCGGUGGAGGAGGUGGAGGCUCAGGAGAACUCAGUUCUAAAGGACCCGAUGAAGCGACCAUUACUACCACUGGAUCAUAGGACUUUGGUGUGCAACGGAUCGGCGUUCAGCAAUAUAAGCAGUGCAAUCUUUGCAUUAAUUGAUUAG